AUAUUGAUUUGUCCACUUUGGAGUGUGGUGAGAUAUGCAGUUAUGAAGUAAAAGUUGAAAAAGCAGGAAAAUAUUAUCCAUUUCUUCAGAAAGCUGUCAACUGUGUAUCUAUCAUGGGACGUAUGGCACUCAAUCCAGCAACACCAGCGUCUCCACCAAAAAGAAUUCCAGAUGAGAUGUUUGAUGCUUUUACUCAAAAUGGGGAGCUUCCAAUCAAUGAGUUUUGGUAUUUGAAUGGUACUAGCAUUGGAAAACAAAAAAACUUUUCAACAGGCCAUAUCAAUGAACUAAUGAAUAAAAAUGAGAAAGGGAAAGUUAUUGGACCUUAUCGAGUUGCUGAGCCUAAAAUGGCAAUUGCUGCAUAUGUUACUGAAAUUAGACACAAACGUGGAGUUGUGAUUGGCUCUCAAUCACCCUGGCUUGAAGCACUGGCUUUAUCUGCUGGUGCAGAGCACAUUACAACACUGGAAUACAACAACAACAUGUUUCUCCACCCUAAGAUAACCAAAAUCCAUCCAUAUGAUAUGGCAAGAAAAUACAAAGAUGGUAGCUUUCAAGAAUUUGAUUUUGCACUAUCUUUUUCAUCAAUUGAACAUUCUGGUCUUGGUCGCUAUGGUGACCCUCUGAAUCCCUAUGGUGAUCUAGAAGCUGUUGCACAAGUUUGGUGCAUGCUCAAACCAGGGGGAUUAUUUCUCCUUGGGGUUCCUGAGACACAUAAUAAGAACUCCUUUAUGGUGUUUAAUGCUCAUAGAGUUUAUGGACAGAGUAGGCUUAAGCAUUUAACAGCAAAUUUUGAGGUGCUUCAUCAUUUCAAGGCAUCUCAAGGACCACAAG